GCGGCAGCUGUCGCACCAGCUGUACAGGACCUCGCUGAUCUGAGGAGUCUCAUCAAUGCAGCCGCAAAUUAUAUCGGGGAUCCCAACAACGCAGUCUCUGGCUUCAGUUUCAGCAGCAUGACUGGUGUUAGCUCAAUGGGCACUGCCGAUCUUGUGAACAACAUCACCAGCACUAUUCUAAGAGGGAAAUAUCAGCUCGACACAAACAAGACCGAAUGGCUCACUACUGUAAAUACGGUAAACGUCUCUGUUGCCAUCAAUUCUACGUCGCCUUCAAACAUGACCACACCUACAUUCUCACUAAACACAAGCGGGGUCACUCCAACCGUCCUUCCUAACGCAACACUCACGUUCGGUAACGUAAUAAACGAUCUCACAAACCCAUACCUCGAAUACAUCCAGUCGAUUCCCAACCUGAGUAACAACCUGACGGCACUCGGACGCAUGUUCCACCAUGAAAUGAACACUCCCGUCAGCGACGCCAUUAGCAGCCUGCAACUGACCCUCACGGUAUUCCAGAUAGCGAUGCUAAAAGCCAAUCUCAUCGCCUCUUUGGCCGUCAUACGUACGAUUCGCGCAAGUAGUGGGUUGGAAAGUGCACAAGCGGCAUGGGGUCGCCCACUCAAUCUGCCAAGCGGAGAAGACGAUGACGCUUCUGCCGAGCUACAUGAGACACUAUCGAGCAGCAGGCCGUUGGCGGCAAGAGGUCAGCUGAAGAGACCACCACCUGAGAAUGGGAGGUUCUACACGCAUCAGGAGCUUUGGAAU